UUUCCUCCUUCAUUAUUUAUCAUCCACGUGCCUGAGUGGCCUCGGAGCGUUCUCUCCACUCAUUCAGCCCACAGGAACAGAACAUGCAGUCCAGGCGAAGGCCGUCACCAGCCGCAAUGGCUGUGAGGAGACUCCUGAUCUUCUGACUGACCUCGAGGAUCUGACUGACCGUGAACUUUUGCCAUGUUUGCAGCUGCGACUAAGAACUUUGUGAAGCAGGUGGGGGACACGGGGCGGCUGAUCCCCGUCCCCAGCCUCAGCGAGGCGGACCGGUACCAACCCCUCAGUCUGGUGACCAGAAAGAGGAGAAGACAUUUCUGGAAGAAGACCAAAUUUGGCUCAACCCCGUUCUCACUGAAGGACAUCCUCGUAGGAGAAAAGGAGAUUACUGCAGGAGUGUCAUCCUACCAGCUUCUAAACUAUGAAGACAAGUCAGACGUGUCCUUAAAUGGGCGCCUGGGCAACCACCUGAUCCAUGAAGUGGGUGUCAACAUCAGCGGCUCGGACUCGGUGGCAGUUAAAGCGUCCUUUGGGAUCGUCACCAAACAUGAGGUGGAGGUUCCGACCUUACUGAGGGAGCUCAACUCCAGGAAAGUGGACCUGGAUCACUGUCUGAUCCGUCAGUCGAAGGACAGCGGGCGAACCGUGCUGUGUGUGGUCAUGGAGAGUAUUCGCACCACACGCCAGUGCUCUCUUACCGUCCACGCUGGCAUGCGUGGCACUACCAUGAGGUUUCAGAUAGACGACGGCCGGAACCCAAAAGGUCGCGACAAAGCCAUCGUUAUUCCAGCUCACACUACCAUAGCCUUCAGCAUAUUUGAACUAUAUGUGCGUCUCGAUGGAACCCUAGACAUAUGCGUAGCACCAGAGUCGAUAGGUGGCUUUGAGAGGGAACAGAUCCGAGAGCAGCUGGGAGGAUUCAUCGGCAGGUUUUCUGUGGGCCGACUGCGGAGGUUCCUGUCAGGGAUUAUUUAUGGGAACCCCUUUAGAGCAGAUGACCGGACAUUUGAGGAGCUCACGCAUUCAGAUAUGUACAUGGACGACGUGGCGGAUUACUAUGAGAAGGCUGCCAGCAUGACCGACCUGUCCACCUCCUACCUGCGGGAGGACAAACACACCCGGGUCAACCUGCUCAACCACAACAUCCCCAAAGGUCCCUGUGCGCUGUGUGGAAUGGGCCACCAGCGGCGCGAGACAGUGUACGGCUGCCUGGAGUGCACGUCCAACGGCCAGAAGUACGUACGGCUGCACGCUGUGCCAUGCUUCGACCUGUGGCACAAAACCUUACGGUGAGGACUGCCCUGCACAGGAAGUGACUUCAUGAGGCUGGUAACACUGGUACUCUAGUUCUGGUGCUGUAGACUCGCUGGAUAGUUUUGUGGAUACUGAUUAGGAAGUAUGGAGCUUAAAAGCUGACGUAAAGUAUUUUAAUCUGCAUUUUGUAUUUUUGAAAAAAAAAUUCUUGGAACUUUUCACUAAAAAAUUUUUAUGGCAUAAAUCAUAAAUUUGAAUUUUAUAUCUGUUUAGAAAUAUGAAUUUAGGGCAGAUAUGAAUGUUAGUAGCUAGACUUGAAUUUACAAAUAUAAAAAUGUAUGGAUUUUUUUUAUCUGAAAAUGUAAAAAAUAUAUUUUGAAACGUUUAGAUCUAAAAAUUCAAAUCUAUCUAACAGAUGUAUCACCUCUGGCUUAAAUUCAUAUUUCUAAAAUUCUAACCAAAUACAUCCCUGGAAAAAAGUUUCUGAAUCAGUUUCUCUGAUUUUGCUAUUUAUAGGUAUAUGUUUGAAUAAAAUUAAUAUUGUUAUUUUAUUCUAUAAAUUACUGACAACAUUUCUCCCAAAUUCCAAAUAAAUAUAUUGUCAUUUAGAGCAUUUAUUUGCAGAAAAUGGGAAACGGCUGAAAUUAAAAUAAAGAUGCAGAACUUUUAGACCCUGAUACUGCAAAGAAAAUAAGUUCAUAUUCAUAAAGUUUUAAGGGUUUAGAAAUUAAUAUUUGGUGGAAUAACCCUGGGUUUUAAUCACAGUUUUAUGCAUCUUGGCAUGUUCUCCUCCACCAGUCUUACACACUGCUUUUGGAUAAUUUUAUGCCACUCCUGGUGC